CUGACUGCCAUGUCCCACGCUCUUCCGUCUGACUGACUUGAUUCCUCUUUACCUGCUGUGCUGGUCUCUCCCAUCACCCCGCCCCCGCAGUGUGUAAGACGGAACUAAGACGUCCUGAACAACUUCUUCACUCUCUCCAUUGAUAUUACUCAGCCUUGUCAGCACUUGUACUUGAUUUCCCCCUCAUCACAGCUAUGUUUUCUACAGACGAGAGGGACUACUCCGACGAGUGGUACGCGGAUCAAUACACCGGCGGAGCCCGCCAUGUCAAGCCUCCGCCGCCAAAAACCCGCGAAGACGACGAAUAUGGCCGCCACAGCUACGGUCGUCGCACGAGCGAGUUCCUCACCCCACAAGUUCACUACACGACCGGUCUCCACCGCACCCGCUCGCAAGGCCACACCCCAGCCCCAAACGUGACCAUCUACAACUCCACGCGCAUGGACAACGAAAGCAACCCCAAUGUGCGCACCGAACAAAAGAGCAGAGAUGCCAGCCCGCGCGGCCGCAACAGGAAAAUGCCCGGCGAGUGGGACCUGGAGGAACAGGUCACGGAGCUGAAGCUUCAAGUCACGAGGGAUCGGCUGGAACGCUCCCGCUCCCGUGACUACCAGCACCACCAUGACCAUUCGCCUGACCGCUCGUACGAGGAUAAACUGCAGAGACGCCUUGCUGAGGAGCGACUCCGAGAAGCCGAGGAGAAGCUUGGCAAGGAGAAUCGAAUGUCGUACGAAGACAAGCUACAACGACGUAUUGCCGAGGAAAGGCUGCGAGAAGCAGAGGGAAGGCUCGAGCACGAGAACCGAGGCUCCUAUGAGGAUAAGCUGCAGAGACGUCUCGCUGAAGAGCGACUUCGAGAAGCCGAGGAGAAGCUCGAGCAUGAGAAUCGCGAUGAGCUUGCCAGGCGCAAGUACGAGCUCAAGUACAUGCAAGACAAGGUGCAGCGCGAUGCCGAGGAGAACCGCAUCCGCAUGCAGGAGCAGCGUCUGGAGCAGCAGUGGGAGUUUAGGCGCGAGAAGGAGGAGAUGGAGCGUGAGCGCAAGGCGCGUGACGAGGAAGACAAGCGCGCACGUAUCGUUGCGGAGAACCGCGCUAAGAUGUCUAAAGAGCAGCGCGAGCGCGAGGAGGAGCGCGAUAGACUUGUGCAGCGGAUUUCUCGGGAGAAGAAGGACGAGGAGGAAAAGCGUAAUCGCAUCAUUGCGGAGAAUCGAGCAAAGAUGUCGACGGAACAGAGAGAGCGUGAGGAAGAACGGGAUCGUCUUGUGGAGAGGAUCUCGAGAGAGAAGAAGGAAGAAGAGGAGAACCGCAAUCGUAUCAUCGCGGAGAACCGCGCGAAGAUGUCGACAGAACAGAGGGAGCGCGAGGAGGAGCGUGAUAGGCUCAUAGAGAGGAUUUCGCGGCAGAAGAAAGACGAGGAAGAUAAUCGUAACCGCAUCAUUGCCGAAAACCGCGCCAAGAUGUCCAAGGAGCAGAGGGAUCGCGAAGAAGAGCGCGACAGGCUUAUCGAGAGGAUCUCGAGAGAGAAGAGAGAAGAGGAAGACACCCGCAACCGCAUCAUCGCGGAGAACAGAGCGAAGAUGUCCAAGGAGCAGAAGGAAGAGGAAGACAAUCGCAAUCGCAUCAUUGCGGAGAACCGCGCUAAGAUGUCCCGAGAGCAGAGGGAGCGUGAGGAAGAGCGCGAGAGAAUCGAGGAGAAGAUCUCGCGGGAGAAGAGAGAGCAGGCCGCAGAGCGGGAAAGGCUCCUUGCCGACCUCGAAAGGAAGGCUGCCAAGGCGAAGAGAGACGAGGCAGAGCAGCGCGAGAAGUUCAUGACUGACAUGGAGAAGAAGGUUGCCAAGGAGAAGAGGGACGCAGCUGAAGAGCGCGAGAGGAUCGUAGCCAAGAUCGCAAAGGAGAAGAGAGACGAGGCCGAACAGCAAGAGCGCCUACGCGCUGAUCUCGAGAAGAAAGCAGCCAAGGAGCAGCGCGCCGCCGCCGAAGAGCGUGAGCGCAUCCUGGCGAAAAUGGCAAAGGAGAAGCGCGACGCAACCGAGCAGCGCGAGAGAAUGCUCGCAGACCUCGACAAGGAAAAGCGCGCCCAAGAAACAGAACGAAACCGCAUCAUCCACGAGAACGAGGCCAAACUAGCCAAACAAGCCCUCGAACGCGACGCCAAAGCAAAAGCCGCAGACGCAGAACGAAAGCGCAUCAUCGCCGAGAACGAAGCCAAGCUCGCAAAAGAGGCCCUCGAGCGCGAUAAUAAGGCUAAAGCCUGGGAAGAAGAGCGCCGCCGCAUCAUCCUCGAAAACACGGCAAAAGUCGAAAAAGCCGAGCGCGACGCAAAAGCCGAAGCCGAGCGCGUCCUGCAAGCCUACCAAGCCAAAAAGACCGCCGAAGAAGCCGCCGCCAAAUCCGAAGCAGAGCGCAUCAUCUACGAGUACGAGCGCAAAAAAGUGCUAGACGCGGAGAAAGCGCAGCGCGCAAAAGACGAGCUGCUCAUGCAGAUACGCCUCGAAGAGGAAGCCAAGCGCGCGAAGGAUAAAGCAGAGUACGAGGCCUUCACGCGCAAGCAGAAGGAGGAGGCGGAGCGCGAGAAGGCGAAGAAAGAGGCGCAGGAGAAGGAGUUGGAGGAGUCGAUGCGGAGACGGCUUGCGCAGUUUGGGUUUCAGGAGAAUCAGGUCCAGGCACUGCUUAAUCCUGAGGAGCAGAAGAAACUCCAACACCAGCAGCAGAUGCAGCAGGGUAUGAUGCCGAUUCAUCCCCUCCCUGCCCAGGCGCAUGCGCAUCAUAUGCAUAUGGCCCCCCAACAGCACCAGCACCAACAUACGCAGCUACGCAUCGCCCCGCAACCCACCUACGCAAAAGUCAGGCGCGAAUACCUCGACGUGGAAACCCUGCACUACUACGAUAUUCCGUAUGAAUAUGAUUCUGACCCAAACUACAUAAUCGUCCUCCGGGAGAUGAGCCAGCGCGAAACAGAAAUCCUCUUCGAGCACACGCGCCGUCUGCGCGCGGGCGGGAACGGAAACCGCCUUUUCAUCAAGGAUGAGGGGCGCGGGAGGCAUGGGAAGGAGUAUGCGUUUGUGAGGUCUAAGAGUCGGAGUCGGUCGAGGGGGGAUGGUGGGGGGAAGAGCGGGAAGACUGUGAAUUUGGGGGGGAUGUUGUUUAGGUAG